GCCAAACUGGGCAGGAGGAAUAGGAGGAGGAGGAGGAGAAAGAACAGAAGGAGGAGCCGGUUGAGGCGCUGCUGCGAUUUGCUGGCUUCCCAUCUCUACAAUGGACCACGCCCUACGGUGAGGUUGGGCAGGGCUGGGCGGAGAGAGAGAAGGAGAGAAAACUCGCUCCCUGGCUGGCAUCGGAAGCUGGAGCGCGCGAGGAGGGUCGGGGGGCUGCGCCGGGGCUCUCAUGCGUCGGGCUGGGAAAUAAACCCUGCGAUGAGCUGCUCGCCCCUGCCCGGCUGGACCAGGUGUUGUUGCUGCUGCCACCUUCCUCUCUCUUCCUCCUUCUCCUCCUCCUCCCAUUCCUCCGGAGCAUCCUCGCCGCUGAUGCCUCCUCGGUGCCCGCGGAGCUGAUGUCCAUCUCCCCUGGGGAGGCGAUGACCUGACGGAGGAUGUGAUUCCCUCGCCCUGCCUUUCCUUCCUUCUCCAGCUCUCUCCCCUCUCUCUCCUCCCUUGCCCUGCCCUGCUGGGGAGGGGGAGCCCUCCCCUCUCCCUCCCCCCCAGAAAAUCGGAGGGUGGGCGCAGACCAUGGCCUUUGGCUCCCCACGGCUGCUGUUCCUUCGCACCCCUUGCUCACCUCUGAGGACCAGGGCAGAAGAAGAAGGAGGAGGAGGAGGAGAGGAAGAUGGGACUAAAAUCCAGGAAGGCGGCGGCGGCGGCGGCGGCGGCAGCAGCAGCAGGAGCAUCGCCGCCGCUACCACCUCCAGGGGCUGAUGGUGGUGGCGGCGGCGGCCACGUCGGGGACGAGAAGAAAGUGGGGCUGGCCGCUGGGGACCUGGAGCAGGGCGCUCUGGCUCUGGGCGCCGGGGCGGACAAAGAUGGGACCCUCCUGCUGGAAGGGGCGGGCAAGGAAGACGGCGGCAAGAGGUCCGCGCAAGGGAUUGGGCUGCUGGCCAAGACGCCGCUGAGCCGACCCGUCAAGAGGAACAACGUGAAAUACAGGCGGAUGCAAACUUUGAUCUACGACGCCCUGGAGAGGCCGAGGGGCUGGGCGCUGCUCUAUCACGCCUUCGUGUUUCUGAUAGUCCUGGGUUGCUUGAUUUUAGCUGUUCUGACAACAUUCAAGGAAUACGAAACUGUUUCAGGAAACUGGCUUCUGCUGUUGGAAACCUUUGCCAUUUUCAUCUUUGGAGCAGAGUUUGCCUUAAGGAUCUGGGCUGCUGGCUGCUGCUGUCGGUACAAAGGAUGGCGAGGGAGGUUGAAGUUUGCCAGGAAACCUUUGUGUAUGUUGGAUAUCUUUGUACUGAUCGCCUCUGUGCCAGUAGUGGCUGUUGGCAACCAGGGCAACGUCCUGGCCACGUCGCUGAGAAGCCUCCGUUUCCUUCAGAUCCUGCGAAUGUUGCGGAUGGACAGAAGAGGAGGAACCUGGAAGCUCUUGGGCUCCGCCAUUUGUGCACACAGCAAAGAACUCAUCACUGCCUGGUACAUCGGGUUCCUGACCCUUAUCCUCUCCUCAUUCCUGGUUUACCUGGUGGAGAAAGAUGUGCCUGAAAAAAACGAGGAAGGGAAGGAAAAAAGGGAGUUUGAAACCUAUGCCGAUGCCCUUUGGUGGGGACUGAUUACGCUAGCAACCAUCGGCUAUGGCGACAAGACGCCCAAAACAUGGGAGGGACGCCUCAUAGCAGCAACAUUCUCUCUCGUUGGAGUUUCCUUCUUUGCUCUUCCAGCUGGCAUUUUGGGUUCAGGACUCGCUCUGAAAGUGCAGGAGCAACACCGCCAGAAACAUUUUGAGAAAAGAAGAAAGCCUGCAGCGGAACUCAUACAGGCUGCCUGGAGGUACUAUGCUACUAAUCCCAAUAGGCUGGACCUCGUUGCCACUUGGAGGUUUUAUGAAUCAAUCGUGUCAUUCCCGUAUUUCAGGAAAGAGCCAGUGGAUGGGACCAGUAAUGUCAUGUUUAGUAGGGAGGCUUUCUUUGGAUCAAGCGUCACCAGAAAACUUAGCCAAAAGCUGGGUCUCUUGGAUCGGGUUCGUGGUACCAAUACUAAAGGAAAGCUAUUUACCCCUCUGAAUGUAGAUGCAAUUGAAGAAAGUCCUUCUAAAGAACCUAAGACUGUUGCCUUGAAUAAUAGGGAGCGUUUUCGCACUGCAUUCCGAAUGAAAGCUUAUGCAUUCUGGCAAAGCUCCGAAGAUGCUGGAACUGGGGAUCCUCUGGCAGAAGACAGAGGGUACAGCAAUGAACUCCUCAUUGAAGACAUGAUCCCCACGCUGAAAGUGGUCAUCCGAGCUGUCAGAAUACUACAGUUCCGCCUCUAUAAGAAGCGAUUCAAGGAGACCUUGAGGCCUUAUGAUGUAAAGGAUGUGAUAGAGCAAUAUUCAGCAGGACACCUUGACAUGCUUACCAGGAUCAAAUACCUUCAAGCGAGAAUAGAUAUGAUUUUUGCACCUGGACCUCCGUCCACUCCCAAGCAUAAGAAAUCCCAGAAAGGAGGAGCCUUCCCUUACCCUUUGCAGCAGUCUCCAAGGAAUGAUCCGUAUGUAGCCAAAGCAUCGACAGUAGAUCCUGAAGACCAAAGUAUGAUGGGCAAAUUUGUCAGAGUUGAAAGACAGGUCCACGACAUGGGGAAGAAAUUGGAUUUUUUGGUCGAUAUGCACAUGCAGCAUAUGGAGCAUCUCCAAGUCCAAGUGUGCCCUUCAAAAGAAACUGUGUCCGCAGCAGAGGAUAACAGAUAUUCUGAACUGAAGUCCAUCAUUUACAAAUAUUCUGAGCCUUCUAUUCAUGAAAUGCCUCCGAGUUUCCACCAUGUACCGGUGAACAAAGUCCCCCCUUUCGGCUUCUCGACGCAGGGCUGCGACGUUGGCCCGCUCUCGUUGCCGUUGGGCGGUCAGAACUCCGGUAGGUGGCAGGCCAUGCCCUUCUCAACUUCGUACGCUGAAAGGCCGACGGUUUUGCCUAUACUCACCUUCAUCGACCCCCAUGUUUCCUACCGUUCCCCACCAGGAGACCCCCAGAGCCCCCACUCAGACAGAAUCUCUUCCAGGCAGAAACAUAGCCUGGCGAGAGACAGCGACACUCCCUUAUCCCUCCUCUCUGUCAACCACGAGGAACUCGAACGAUCGCCUAGCGGGUUCAGCAUCUCCCAAGACAAGGACGACUUCCUUUUCGGGUCGAACGGGGGCUCAAGCUGGAUGAAGGAGAAGCGCUACUUGGCCGAGGGUGAAACGGACACGGAUACUGACCCUUUUACCCCAAGUGGUUCCAUGCCUCUUUCUUCGACAGGGGAGGGCUUCUCCGAUUCAGUAUGGACUCCGAGCAAGCCAGUUUAAAAUUUAUCCAGUGGGGGUGGGUUGGGGGUGGGGUUGGAGUCACUGGCUGGCUUCUUCUCAUGAUGUAAACAUAAACUUUGUAUAUCUCACUAUACACACCCAAAGCUUCCUAGCUCAUAAACCAACACACACACACACACACACACACACACAUUUCACCAAUGGCUGCAAUGCAUGCUGGUAUUAGUGGUAGUCAUCCUGCACCAUUUCAUACGGUCGGCUUAAUGCGGUUUUCUUCAUGCUGCCAAAACUAAGCGGUUUAGUUUUGAGCAAUGGUUGUGCAUGACUUUUCACUAUAAAUGGUACAGAUAAUUUCUUCUGUGAUUUUAAAUAACAAAAACAAAACAAAAACAACCCAUAGCAAAAAUGGAUGUUCUUCGGUAUACCGAGGGCCGGGUCAACUCUGGGCACAAAAAGAUAUCCUAACAGUGGCACAUGCUACAUUUUUGUAAGCAGAGCAAAACCAAACACUAGGUUACAGAGCAAUGCCCUUUUCAAUAUAUAUAUGUGUGUCUGUAUGUCUGUGGAAUAUUCCACCCUCCCAUCCUGUCUUUCUGUACGUCGGUUUUCCAGUUUGCCGGCAUCACUGUAAUUCAUUCUGUUCAUCCAAAUUUCCUUUGCUAUAUCCUUUAACCCUGAGGGUCUUUUAGUCCAACCCCGUGCAAUACAGGAAUCAGAGCUAAAGAAUGCCUGAUGGAUGUUUCCCCAACCUUUGUUUAAAAACCUCAAAUGAAGGAGAUCCCAGCAACUUCCGAAGGAGUCCUAUAUAUGUAUAUAUGAAAUCAUAGAGUGUAGGCACACUUUUCAAUGAGAAUUACAUGUGCCCUAGCACUCUGGGUUGUGGCAGCCUUCCUAUCAUUUUGAGAGCAUCCAUCUCACUAAACUUGAUGGGUUUCUGACUCCUUAAAUUCCAUUAAUUUAAACAGGAUUUUUAAGUGACCAAGGCUGCAUUCACGUGGCACUUUAUUCCAUUUUCUUUUUUAAAAAAUUAAUAUAUAUUUUAAUUAAAUUUCCAAUUUUUUUUUGCAAAUUGACUUCAAAUUAAAUAUUGACAUUGUUCACGUAUGGACUUCUCACCCACACCUCCAAAAUAUAUUUAUCCAAACCUUUCCCCCCCUCCAUUAUCUAUCAAACCCUUAUCUACUACAGAAAUCCCUCUAAUACAAUUACUUCAUCAUUUUUAUUCCGCUGCUCCAAUCUCAAAUCCUGCCUGCGAGUUCAUUUGCAGUAUUGUUUUUUCCAAAUGAUCCCCCAAAGACCUCCAUUCUCCUAUUUAAAAAAAUCCAUCAUUUUGAUCUCUUAAUAUUGCUGUCAGCUUUGCCGUUACCUCAUAUAGUCCAUUACUUUUUAAAGCCAUUCCUCCUUCGUUGGAAAUGCCUCUUCUUUCCAUUUUUGUGCAUAUAACACUCUGGCUGCAGUUGUCACAUAUAAAUUACUUUAUUCCAUUUUCAGAACUUUCCCCUAACUGUUAAGCUCUGCAUUGUAUUUGAGCUUUCACGCAAUGUGAAAACUACUUCUGGAACUAUUACGAAAUUAUAGUGCAAGGUUAAUGCUCAUUUCCAUAUUAUUUGCUCCCAGGUAGUAUAUAAUAUGGAAAUGAGUGCUAAAUUGUGCUAUGCUUCACUACAAUCCCAUUAUGUUCCACUACAGUUUCAGAGGUGGAUUUGCACUGUGCGAAAGCUCAAGUAUACAGGCAACUCUCCUUUUACGUUCUGAGUGAAAUCCCACAUGUUUGGGAAACCAUUGAAAAAGCCUUCAAGCACCACAAUCACUCCCUCCAAACAUCCUUGCUCAAACUCCCAAUUCUCCCAAACCCUCCAAGUGUCCCUAUUUUCCAAGGAUGUCCCUAAUCUAGAGAAGCUAUCCCGGUUUCUGAUUUGAUCCCAGAAUGUCCCACUUUUCCUUAGCAUGUCCCUAUUUUCAUUGGAUAAAUAUGAGAGGGGAUAGUGUUAUCCAACCUCCGAGCCGUCUGAAGGCAGCCCUGUAUAGGGAAGGCUUUUAAAAAGAUGUUGAAUGUUUAAUUAUAUUUUUAUAUAUGU